UUAAAAAAAAAAGCGAAAUUUAGAACUACAUAUUUUUAGCAGUGACGACGAUUGUUUUGUUCAUUCGUUUUUAUUAUUUAUUUAUUUAUCACAGCUUCUCUUUUGGUUCUAACCCAACUUUUUAAAUUGAUUAAAGUUGAAAAAGAGUUCUGGCAUACUCUGAAAGUUGGUACUAUUUGAUUUGCGAAACUUCAUGAUGAUGGGAACUUCUGAGGCAGUUUUGCAGGUUCUGUCAGCUGGUCCUCGCAUGUUCACUUCUGAUCCAUGUGCUAACAAUUUAUAUUCGAAAUUCCCUUCCGAAUUUUAUACAAAAUCUGCCAAGAAAAGGGCUUUAAGAGAUAAGAAAACCUUAAAAUGCUCAAAUUUUCUUCAGCAUCGCAUUGGAAUUCAUGGGCUUAAGUCGACUAGUGAGAAUGGCCUUUUUGGGAACACGGCAGUUGAUAAAUUGCUGUUUGCUAGUUGCAAAUGCCAUCAGGCUGAAAGUGUAAGCGGUUUAACUGCGGAUGAUGGAAAGGGGACAUGGUUUAUAGAUAAUGCAAGGGCGUUAAACCUUAAUGAUGUGACAAAUACACCGACUAUGCUGGAGUUUGGGGAAUCUAACGGUCCAGCAAAACAGGAACAUGAGAGUUUGUCAAGUAAUGGGGCAGUAGGAAUAGCUAGCGAUACCUCUCGUAAGGCUAGCAUAGACUCUAUUGAAGAUGAAGCUUGGGAUCUACUGCGCAGUUCUGUGGUUAAUUAUUGUGGCAGUCCUAUUGGAACUAUUGCUGCCAAUGAUCCCACCAGUUCCAACCUGUUGAAUUAUGAUCAGGUCUUCAUUAGAGACUUUAUACCUUCUGGUAUUGCAUUUCUUUUGAAGGGAGAGUACGACAUUGUUCGGAAUUUUAUACUUCAUACGCUUCAGCUGCAGAGCUGGGAGAAAACAAUGGACUGUCACAGUCCUGGUCAGGGAUUAAUGCCUGCUAGUUUUAAGGUGCGUACUGUUCCUUUGGAUGGCGAUGACUCUGCAACUGAAGAGGUAUUAGACCCUGACUUUGGAGAGGCAGCAAUUGGUCGCGUUGCACCAGUUGACUCUGGAUUAUGGUGGAUUAUCUUGCUACGCGCAUAUGGAAAAUGUUCUGGUGAUCUCUCAGUUCAGGAGAGGAUUGAUGUACAGACUGGAAUUAAGAUGAUUCUGAGGUUAUGUAUUGCUGAUGGUUUUGAUAUGUUCCCUACCCUGUUGGUGACAGAUGGUUCUUGCAUGAUAGAUCGCCGUAUGGGGAUUCAUGGACACCCUUUAGAAAUCCAGGCACUUUUUUAUUCGGCAUUACGUUGUGCACGGGAAAUGCUUGCUCCUGAGGAUGGAUCAGCUGAUCUCAUCCGCGCUUUGAACAACCGUCUUGUUGCUCUGUCAUUCCAUAUUAGGGAAUACUAUUGGAUUGAUUUGAAAAAACUAAAUGAGAUUUACCGUUAUAAAACUGAAGAGUACUCUUAUGAUGCAGUCAAUAAGUUUAAUAUAUAUCCUGAUCAGAUUUCUCCUUGGUUAGUUGAAUGGAUGCCCAACCAGGGGGGCUAUCUGAUUGGAAACUUGCAACCAGCACACAUGGAUUUCAGAUUCUUUUCUCUUGGAAAUUUAUGGUCAGUUGUAAGUGGUCUUGCAACAACAGAACAAUCCCAUGCCAUUUUGGAUCUCAUUGAAGCCAAGUGGACUGAUUUGGUUGCAGACAUGCCGUUCAAGAUAUGUUAUCCGGCUCUUGAAGGUCAGGAGUGGCAGAUAAUCACAGGAAGCGAUCCUAAGAACACGCCUUGGUCAUACCAUAAUGCAGGUUCUUGGCCAACUCUGCUUUGGCAGUUGACAGUUGCAUGCAUCAAGAUGAAUAGACCAGAAAUUGCUGCAAAAGCUGUUGAAAUUGCAGAAAGGCGUUUAUCGCGGGACAAGUGGCCUGAAUAUUAUGAUACGAAAAGUGCAAGAUUCAUAGGAAAACAAGCUCACCUAUUCCAGACCUGGUCUAUUGCUGGAUAUCUCGUGGCAAAGGUCUUACUUGCAGACCCAUCUGCGGCUAAGAUGCUUAUAACUGAAGAGGAUUCCGCGCUUGUCAAUGCCUUCUCUUGCUUGAUCAGUACCAACCCAAGAAGAAAGCGCGGAAGAAAAGAUUCAAAACAAACCUACAUAGUGUGAAUUUCUCAAUCUGCAGGUAGAAUAUGGGUAAAUAUUUUCAUGAUUCGUGAUCGGAUCAUCAGUUAACGAUCAUAUUCAUUACUUUAAUUAGGCUAAUAUAAAGUUCAAUAUAAUUAUUAAAUUUUCGUCCUAUUCAUUCUCGUGGAUCAUAGCAUUUGUGAUUCCACAUGUAAAAAUCUUGUAUACUGGAAUAGGGAUAUAGAGAGUAGCAUACUAAAUUUAUGUUCUCAUAGGUGAACUAUGAUGGCUGUUCCUUAGCUUUGAACUAUAUUUAUGAUAUUAUAAUAUGUUUGAAUUUUUCACACACAAUUAUUUGAUUUAUAUGUAUUGAAUUAGAUUGCCUCUUUA